AUGCGCGCUCGCGACACGCAAAGGCGCGGCGCGCAGGCAUGUCCAGUCAGUAUAGCCUCGAGCGACCGGCGUAGGUCGCUUCGCCUCGGUUUCAACCGGCAUCAUCAUAUUUUAGCGUCGUUCAAGGAACGGUCCCAUCUGGGAGAGCGGGCCCACUUGCGGGAGCGCAGGUGGCACCCGACAAUUAAGAACCGGUAUCCUGUGGCCACGAGUCACGACGCUCCAAGCGAAUUCGCUAUACGCUGCGAGCGGCUUCAUUCCACUUCAUUUUCAUAA